AUGACUAAGUGCGAAUUCGACGACGAUCUGUUGCUGCAAAGCACCACGGACAAACUGGUCAUGGCUCGCGGCUACACGGCCGUCGGUACGCUCGUCAUCUCCCUCGUAUUCUUCUCGUUCGCAUUCGCCAACCUCUACCGGAAGUAUGCCCGCUUCCACAAGGAGUGCGCCUGCUGCUCCAGGUUUUUUGUGGACUACUUCGCAAAUCCGUUUUUCCUGCUCGCCCUAAUCUCUCUCCUACCGCUCGUCUCGUACGUCCUAAUCUUGCCCCGUUACUCGCAUGUCGGGGCAAAGUACGAUGACAAACAUUGCAAACUGCCAGGGUACCUCUUGCUGUGGUUCGAGUCCUCAGAGACGUUGGGGCUCGCUGCAUUCUCCGUCUACCUUCUCUUAUACAUUGAAUUCCACACGAAGAAGAGCGCAAUGCUACAGCCCAGAGAAUACGAACCGAUUAUGAGGAGGAAUCGUCUCAGACUCGGUCGAAAUAACUACGGUACGCAGCAAACGGACGAGGUUGAGUACAUGGCAAGGAUUCCAAAGGCUACCUGGCCAUACUGGUGCCACCGCGGUUUCUCGAUCCUUGUCUUUGCAAUCAUUAUUCUAGUGUGUGGACUGUAUACCUGUCCGUAUAUCGUCAAAAAACAAGGCCCAUCAGGGGAGGGCGUAUCGGAAGACGAAGAAUUUAAAUACGGGCUCGAUGGCCCGUGGUGCUGGAUCAAGCCAGCUGAGGCACAAAAACACUUUUGGUUUCUCGAAGAGUGGAUGUACAUGGGGCUCGGUUCCGUAGCCUUACUUGCAGCAUUCGCCGUUCUUCUCUGCGCGAUACUCUUACCGCAGAACUCAAGGGUUCGAAUAAUAUGCCGGUGCCCAAAGUGGGACAAAACGAUCAUCGUUCCUUUUUUGAUCUUCUUUCUCUACUUUGUGCUUCAGUUUGCACUGAUGGCGGUCGAGAUACUCGUGCGGAUCUGCCACAACAGCGACAGUGCGUUGUGGUUUACAUACGCAAUCGGCAAACCGUUGUCAAAGAUUCUGGUGGUAUGGGCUGCACUUCAGCUGAUGUCUACCAGCUACAGAAUGGGAGGGAGAGAGGUUAUAGUAGCUGAAACUUGAGGUUUAGUGAUACCUGAGGAUGUAUAUAUAGUAUGUUUUUGUUGCACUGUCAUAACAUCCACCCUUUCUUGGGGUGGUCAUGCAUAGUGAGGGUGGCGUGUAUAUAUACAUAGUGGACCUAGGGUGAAAUAGUAUGGGGAAGAUUUGCAGACAUGGGAGUGGAAAAUCAUUGGUUCAUUGCAAUGCAGAUUUAUGGACUGUGAAUAUUCGUGCAUUCUGUCAAGGGAUGGUGAAGAUUAGUAGACAGUGAGGGUCUUGCUAUUAAUUGUCAUUGCGGAG